CAUCGAUGUUCGCGCCCAAGAAGGUGAUGUUUGCAUGCAAACAUUUGUACAGCUCUCAAAAAAAAACUUUGAGUCUGUACAACAUAUAUGGGUCAACCCCCAAGACCCCAUAUGUCCGCCCCAUCGAUGUUCGCGCCCAAGAAGGUUGCACCGCCUGUCAGAUGGAAAUGCGAGCGAUCUGGAUAAAUGCUUCAACCAAUUUACUGGAAAAUACGUGUCUGUACAACAUAUAUUGGUCAACCCCCAAGAGCCCGAGUGUCCGCCCCAUCGAUGUUCGCGCCCAAGAAGGUGAUGUUUGCAUGCAAACAUUUGUACAGCUCUCAAAAAAAAACUUUGAGUCUGUACAACAUAUAUGGGUCAACCCCCAAGACCCCAUAUGUCCGCCCCAUCGAUGUUCGCGCCCAAGAAGGUUGCACCGCCUGUCAGAUGGAAAUGCGAGCGAUCUGGAUAAAUGCUUCAACCAAUUUACUGGAAAAUACGUGUCUGUACAACAUAUAUUGGUCAACCCCCAAGAGCCCGAGUGUCCGCCCCAUCGAUGUUCGCGCCCAAGAAGGUGAUGUUUGCAUGCAAACAUUUGUACAGCUCUCAAAAAAAAACUUUGAGUCUGUACAACAUAUAUGGGUCAACCCCCAAGACCCCAUAUGUCCGCCCCAUCGAUGUUCGCGCCCAAGAAGGUUGCACCGCCUGUCAGAUGGAAAUGCGAGCGAUCUGGAUAAA